UAAAGCUGCAGCUUAACAGACAGGAUCUCCAUUCAAAAGGCUGAACAGCUUCAAGUUUAAAACAUGGAUCUCAUAUUGCGUUGUUUGAUUUUUUCUCUGUUACAUCAAUCUCUGUACAGCAAGCCGUAUAACAUAGAUGGGUUAUUAGAAAAUGGUACUGGAGCCAUUGAGUCUUUGGCGAAACCUCUCCAGGAUAUUUCUACAAAAGACUACUCCUGGGCAAAAGGAAACCAGACAUGUAGCCAACUCCUAAAGGAUUGCAAAGAGUUUCUUGACCUUCUGCCGUCUUCUUCAUCGUGGAUGCUGAAACCUGUUCUGGCGCUGGGGUUUCUACAGGUUGGAUGUUUAACUGAACAGGAGCCUUUCUUUUUGGAUUUGAUUAAGGAUAAAAAUGCAAGAACAUUGUUUAAUAUAAUGGCUGAGCAGACAAAUAACUCUAUACACCCAACCACCACUAACUCUCACAAGAGCCAACCAGAUAUUCAGAAGCAUGACUUACUCAGAUUCAAUUUAGAGUCUCUUUCUAUUGAUGCUCAAUCUAUAUCACAUCACAUGCAUUGCUCUGAGAUCCAACAAGAGCAGCAGGAUGUUCUCUUGAAAGGUUCCAUUCUCAGGUCUCAUUCAUCCCUACAACAUGCGAUGGACCACUGUGAUCGGGUAGGCCCGGUUUGUGCCGGUGUUACGUCUGAUACCUUGGGUCAAUUUAAAAGUGUGGCAAGGAACGGUGGGUAUAUCAUACCUCAUGUUGGAUCAAAGCUUUGGCUGCACCACUGUACUGCUGGACUCCUGAGAAGGCGUUCUACUGAUCCUGAGUGCCAUAGUGAAAAGGAACUGCGCAUUCAUAAUGUAAUGCAAUGGAUUCCAGUAGUCAGUGGCUAUUACAAUGCUGGGAGUGCAAUUUAUUAUGCCACACAAGGAUGCACUGCUCAAGCAGAAGACAGAGCCAUUGACGCUUCCAUUGAUCUAGGCUAUGACGCUUUGUUUACUGCCACUGGGGGAGUUUCUGGAGCAGUAAGUGCAGGUGUAGGUAUGGCUGUAAAACCUCCAUUAAGAGAUGGUGUAAAAUCAGCUAUAAACUACUUUAAAGCGCAAUGGUCAGGUUGACCAUACUGCUUUAUUUUAGUAAGUGUGCAGACAGUGACAG